AUGUUGAAAUCUUUGCGGAAAAGCCUAAGCCUUCAACAGAAGUGUCUCCAGCACAAGAACCAAGUUGAUAACGCUGAGUCAGUGCAUGGUGCAAACCUGGCAAAUUGCAUUUUUUGCGUGGAGGAAACUAAACAAUGCAAGUGUGACCACAACAACAUUGAGGAUACAAAGAGUGCAGAAGGGGGCACCAAUUUAGAUGCAGAGCAUGACUCCGAAGCCAAUUGUUCUUUCACUUAUGCUGUCAUCAAUAUGGUCGGGAUGCUCAUAGGUCUGGGGCAAUUAUCAACUCCAUAUGCUCUAGAGCAAGGAGGGUGGGCAUCUGCAUUUUUGCUUAUAGGACUCGGUGUGAUAUGUGCAUAUAGUUCUCAUUUACUUGGGAAAUGCCUAGAAAAGAACACCAAGUUAAGAAGUUACGUGGACAUUGGGAGUCAUGCAUUUGGUGCAAAAGGAAGAAUCAUGGCUACAACUUUCAUCUACAUGGAGAUCUUCAUGGCCCUUGUUUCCUACACCAUCUCAUUGCAUGACAACUUGAAUUCAAUCUUCUCAGGGAUGCAUCUGAAGCUCCAAUUGGCAAAACUAUCUACAUUACAGCUCCUGACCAUUGGUGCAGUGUUGAUUGCUCUGCCUAGUUUGUGGCUCAGAGAUCUCUCUUCCAGAUCUUUCCUUUUAACUGGUGGCAUUCUCAUGUUCCUUGUCAUUUUUGUGUCAAUAGCAUCCACUCCAAUUUUUGGAGGUGUUCAAAUUAAUCAUAAGAUACCCCUCCUCCACCUCCACAACAUUCCUUCAAUUUCUGGCCUUUACAUCUUCAGCUAUGGAGGACACAUUGUUUUCCCUAAUUUGUAUAAAGCCAUGAAAGACCCCUCAAAGUUUACCAAGGUAUCUAUAGUGAGCUUCACAUUAGUUACAUUACUUUACACGACCUUGGGUUUCAUGGGUGGCAAAAUGUUUGGGCCGGAUGUCAAUUCUCAGGUAACCCUCAGCAUGCCACCAAAGCUUUUUGUAACAAAGAUUGCUCUGUGGGCAACCGUGGUGACGCCUAUGACCAAAUAUGCCCUUGAAUUUGCACCUUUCGCUAUUCAGUUAGAGAAAAGGCUUCCCAAGUUUAACAGUGGCAGGACAAAAAUGAUAAUUAGGGGUAGUGUGGGUUCAUUUUUGCUUUUGGUUAUACUAGCCCAUGCUCUUUCAGUGCCAUAUUUUGAACAUGUACUCUGCCUCACUGGUUCUCUAGUUAGUGUUGCAAUUUGUUUGAUUUUCCCAUGUGCUUUCUACAUAAAAAUUUGUUGGGGUCAAAUAUCAAAGCCUCUCUUUGUCCUAAACCUCUCUAUCAUCACAUGUGGGUUUCUUCUUGGGGUCAUGGGCACCAUUUCCUCCUCAAAAUUGCUAGUGAAACAUUUUCUACAAGCUCAAUCUGCUUGA